CUUGGGUGGGCUGCAAUGACUUGUCCCGGCAGGUGUCACUGACGUUCGAUGACGUGGCCGUGCUCUUCACUCGGGAUGAGUGGAGGAAGCUGCAUCCUUCUCAGAGGACCUUGUACCGGGAGGUGAUGCUGGAGAACUACAGGAACCUGGUCUCGCUGGGGUUCCUGUUUACCACGCCCAGAGUGAUCUCCCUGUUGCAGCGAGGAGAAGAUCCCUGGAAGGUGGGGAAGGAAGGUUCGGGCGGCUCCUCACUGGGAUGUAAAAACAGUCCUAAAACCACAAAGUCAUCUCAAACUCAAGAUUCAUUUCAGGGACUGAUGAGGAAAAGACUCAAAAGGAAUGAAACCUGGGACUGUGUAUUACAAAAAUCCUGCAUCUAUGAAGACAAAUUAAAGAAACAACAGGACAGAAAUGGAAGUUUACAAGUAAUUUCUGUUACCCAUAAGAAAGUUCUCACUAUAGACAAAAACCAUAAAAAUACUGAAUUUGGCCAAAACUUCAACCUGAAAUCAGUUUUCCUUAAGCAACAGAGAUUUGCUAGAGAAAAAACACUGUCCAAAUAUGAAGUACAAAGAAAUAGCUUCAAGCAGAAUUCAAAUUUACUUAAUCAACCAAAAGUCAAGACAGCUGAGAAACGUUAUAAAUGUAAUACAUGUGAAAAAGCCUUCAUUCACAAUUCAUCUCUUCGUAAACAUCAGAAAAACCACACUGGAGAGAGAUUAUUUAAGUGUAAAGAAUGCCUAAAAGCCUUCAGUCAAAGUUCUGCUCUUAUUCAACAUCAAAGAAUUCAUACUGGAGAGAAACCCUAUAUAUGUAAAGAGUGUGGAAAAGCCUUCAGCCAUAGUGCAUCCCUUUGUAAGCACUUAAGAACCCAUACUGUGGAGAAAUCCUACAGAUGUAAAGAAUGUGGUAAAUCCUUCAGCAGAAGGUCUGGCCUUUUUAUACAUCAAAAAAUUCAUGCUCGAGAAAAUCCUCAUAAAUAUAAUCCAGGUAGGAAGGCAUCCAGCUGUAGCACAUCUCUUUCUGGAUGUCAGAGACUUCAUUCCAGAAAGAAGUCCUACUUGUGUAAUGAAUGUGGCAACACCUUUAAGUCUAGCUCAUCCCUUCGUUAUCAUCAGAGAAUUCACACCGGGGAGAAACCUUUCAAAUGUAGUGAAUGUGGGAGAGCCUUCAGUCAGAGUGCGUCUCUUAUUCAGCAUGAAAGAAUUCACACUGGAGAAAAGCCCUAUAGAUGUAAUGAGUGCGGCAAAGGCUUCACUUCUAUUUCACGACUUAAUAGACAUCGAAUAAUUCAUACUGGAGAGAAGUUGUAUAAUUGUAACGAAUGUGGCAAAGCCUUAAGUUCUCACUCUACACUUAUUAUUCAUGAGAGGAUUCAUACUGGAGAGAAACCAUGUAAAUGUAAAGUGUGUGGGAAAGCCUUCAGACAGAGUUCGGCUCUCAUUCAGCAUCAGAGAAUGCAUACUGGAGAAAGACCCUACAAAUGUAAUGAGUGUGGGAAAACAUUCAGAUGUAACUCAUCCCUUAGUAAUCAUCAGAGAAUUCAUACUGGAGAGAAACCAUAUCGAUGUCUGGAAUGUGGGAUAUCUUUUGGUCAAAGUGCAGCUCUUAUACAGCAUCAGAGGAUUCAUACAGGAGAAAAACCCUUUAAAUGUAACACAUGUGGAAAAACUUUUCGACAAAGCUCAUCACUUAUUGCACAUCAAAGAAUUCACACUGGAGAAAAACCCUAUGAAUGUAAUGCAUGUGGGAAACUCUUUAGCCAGAGGUCAUCCCUUACUAAUCAUUGUAAAAUUCAUAUUGAAGAGAACUCCUUGAAAGCAAAUCUGCAAGUGUGAAAGCCUUAAAACCGGGGUUCAUCAGAGAAUGCAUCCAUGAGGUUGAUUUAUUAAAAUGAAUAUGAGAGAGCUAUUUUAAUUUAGUUCUUCUCAGAUACUCAAUUUUAAGGCAAAACCUUAACUAUGAAAUCAGUAUGGGUGAAGCU